GGACCCAACAAUCUCCUCCUUAGAAAUCGAGCGGGACGAGUCGUUGAUUGUCUCUUGCUUGUUUGAAUUUCAAAUAUCAAACGGGCACAUUGGACAAUGUAAGCAGAGACAAAAAGAAAGAAAGGAAAAAAACCCACUAACCCACCAUCAGAACCCACGUCUCAAGUCUUGCCCAUUUCGCAUCCUCCCUCUCUCUUGCUUUCUCCAGCUAGCUAUUUUUCAAGCUCGGUUUCUUCAGAAAUUUCUACCUUUUUCGGCUCUUUCUAAUACUACAUCAAGCUACAUUAUUGCAACAUUUUUUUUUAAUUUUUUUUUUUUUUGCAUCUUUCAAGUUUUAAGAGGUUUAAACACCAUAUCUGGUUACGUGCUUGCUCUGCUUGAGCAAGAAGUUUUUAGUGAUGGGUGCUUCAGGAAAAUGGGUGAAAUCCAUUAUAGGUCUAAAAAAGUCUGAUAAAGAUCAAGACCAAUAUGAGAAGGUCAGUGGAAAGAGCAAGAAAUGGAAGCUAUGGAGGAGUUCAUCUGGAGAUUUGGGGUCUUCAUGGAAGGGUUUCAAAGGGAACCACAGAGCAGCAUCAGAGGCAUCGGGUUCUUCACCACUGCCUGAUCCAUUUACUGCUGCAAUGGCUACUGUGGUUAGAGCUCCUCCUAAGGAUUUCAGGGUUGUCAGGCAAGAAUGGGCUGCUAUCAGGAUUCAAACUGCUUUUCGUGGAUUCUUGGCAAGAAGGGCUCUGAGGGCCUUGAAAGGAGUGGUGAGACUCCAAGCUCUAGUUCGAGGUCGACAAGUGAGGAAGCAGGCUGCAGUGACACUUAAGUGCAUGCAAGCUCUUGUUCGUGUUCAAGCUCAUGUUAGGGCUCGUCGAGUGCGAAUGUCCUUAGAAGGGCAGGCAGUGCAGAAUAUGCUGAAUGAGCGACGUAGCAAGGCUGACCUCUUGAAACAUGCUGAGGAAGGGUGGUGUGAUAGAAAGGGGACAUUAGAAGACGUGAAGUCAAAACUGCAAAUGAGGCAAGAAGGAGCUUUCAAGAGAGAAAGAGCUAUUGCUUACUCCCUUGCUCAAAAACAAUGGAGAUCAAAUCCCAGCUCAAACACUCGAUCCAAUAACUCGGUAUAUUCUUUCAAGAAUGAGGAGUUUGAUAAGAAUAGCUGGGGAUGGAGUUGGCUUGAACGUUGGAUGGCAGCCAAGCCAUGGGAGACUAGAUUGAUGGAACAAGCCCAUACUGAUCCCUCAGUGACUCCCCCACCCAAGUCCUGUGUAGAUGCAAGCACACAUUCGAAAUCCUUUGAACAAAGUUCAGUGAAAGUGAGAAAGAACAAUGUAACUACUAGAAUUUCAGCGAGACCUCCAAUCGGGCAUGUUACUCGCUCAUCUUCAAGUCCAAGUUCUGAAGUCCGCUUUGAUGAGAGCUCAGCUUCUUCAUCAAUUUGUACCUCUACAACACCAAUAUCAGGAAACACUGGCUUGGCCUCAGAUAAAACAGAGGAGAGUGGUAACAGCAGGCCAAACUACAUGAACCUGACCGAGUCAACCAAGGCAAAGCAAAACACAUCCAGUAAUUUAUUUCAUAGGAUUCAAAGGCAGUCCAUGGAUGAGUUUCAGUUUCUCAAAAAGUCAGGGGCGUUCUCAAAUGGAGAUUCAAAAAGCAGUGCUGGUUCUGACCCUUCAGUUAAUUUAUCCAGGCCACUUUGCAUGCCGACAAGAUUUGAUAAGAACUCGAUGAAACAAAUAAGAGGAACGGAUCAUUUGUAUGUCUAGAUGGAUUGAUUUAUGUUUGUUAAGAAUUUUCAACGACUUGUUGUUCUCCAUUGUUGAGAUGUGUACUAAUUUAGGAGCAUUUCUGCAAUCAUUACUAAGCUGUAGCUAAGACAGCUUGAUGAGUAUGCUAGUGUUUUGAGGGCUAUCCAUUCUGUAAAAUAGUUCAUUUAUGGCUGUGUAUGUGAUAUCCACCAGUAGCUUCCUACUAUCAUACCACCAAAAUUGUGACAGAUCAAUGGAUAUUUGCAGGACCUGGAUUGUUCUAGCGCAUUUGUGCCAUCACCUUCAAAUAUUGUGAAAUCACAUCGA